AUGGCCAAUGUCUACAAGUUUCUUCCCAAUGACCCUUCUCGUGAUUUCAUCGAGCAGGAUCCAGAAUUGGGGACUGAGUUUAUUAAAGGUGUCAAUCUAGCGCGUCGUGGAUACAUGGGCGAGCUGCAGAAAUAUAGAACUACCAUCUUCUCUGGUCCGCUGACAGCCGAAAGGAAGCAGCGUCUGCUUAAGAGGUCAGUUAAGUCGAAGAAAUACAGCCGACAUGCACCAGUUCUCUACCCAGACCCCGAUGCUCCUCACGAACCGGAUUUCCUCAAGUCGAUGCCUGUUGUUGAGACACUGAUUAUUAAGCUCUUUGGCUUCAGCAGUUUGAGUAUUCACUGUAAACCUAGGCCGAAAGGCAAAUCUAAAGGCACCAGCAUCACCAAGAUCACCCCGGAAAUGGUCGCCACAGGAGCAAUCAAUGUUCGAUACCUGCUCACUGAUGACCCGGAGUAUGUCACUCCUGGUGCACCCUCUGGCAUACUGUAUGCUAGCGACAGGGAUGACCUGCUGAAGCUUUUAUAUACAGCAGACCCGAAGUGGGGGGAUGAGGUUAUGGCAUUUUAUAAUCAUCAAAUUGUAGGUAUUCCUCCGAAAUCUGCUAGCUCGGAUGCAGAUAAGCAAGGAGGGACCACUGCUGAAGAAGAGGACAAGGAGGUGGCAUUCUUAGCCGGUCUCAACCAGCACUACAGCGAGGCUGAUGCAUCUUCUCCUCCUGAUCCGUCUGCUGCUGAUCCUGUGGAAAUGAAUGCCCUCGCACAACAGGUUGGAGCACUCGGGCUAUCUCCUCACAUCAACCCAGAUCAAGAACCUGGCAACGUUGCAGUUACCCCUGCACAAGGUCUUUCUACUGCAUCUUCUCAACGUACUGGUCAGCAGCACAAGUUCGUCACUUCUCUGAAAUCUAUCUCGGCUGCAGCUGCAGCUCGAGUGGCAAAUGCUCCUCUGCGCUCCAAGUCGGGUGAUCAGACUGAUGAUGCUACUGACUCGGAUAGUGGAGAAACUAUGGAGGCUACCAUCCAUGUACCCCAGGUGAAAGGGAGAACACUUAGACAAGCUCCUGCUCACGCAGAAAUUGAUUCUGCUACUCCAGUUUCUCAGUUGCGGUCGCUAUCUCAUGGCUUGCUCAGCGCGAACGCGGUGGCUCAGGCACAAGCAGCGCGAGGAAAAGGUGCGGGAGUUGCUCCUAAGACUCCAAGGCAAGCCAUUCGCUCGGGUCGUGACAAUUAG